GCCGCACCCUGCAUAGAGGCUCAAACUUCCUCCAUCUCAGGUGAAGAGACGCCGCGGAGAGAGGGAUUAAAGAGAGCGUUUACGCGAAGACUCGCCCUGUUCGGGACCGGAGGGGCAUGGAGUGAGCGGAGGAGAACCGAAACAGGGAUCUUCCUCGGAAGCUUGUUCUUGGUGUAUUGGAGGAGAAACACAUGAACCAAAGCUCAAUGCCUCACGCUAGUCCAUUAGCCAAGAACCCCUUUUCUUAAUUUCUACUAGAACCACCACAUUGGUGUGCCAACCAACCCUCCCACCCCCAGGCCAGCCAAUCGCCUCCCAGUCCAGUUCUGAACUCCACAUUUGACCAACAUGGCUGCCGUAACUGCAGCUAAACAGACCUGCUACUACAACGAAUCGAUAGUGUUCUUCUACAACAACUCUCGUAAGCCUAUUUCGGACACCUGGCGUACGCAGGACUACAUUGUGGUCAGCCUUGGACUGACGGUGUGCGUCUUCAUCAUCCUGGCCAACAUCCUGGUCAUGACAGCCAUAUUUGUAAACCGAAGGUUCCACUACCCCAUCUACUACCUGCUGGGGAACCUGGCGGCGGCUGAUUUUUUCGCCGGGAUUGCGUACAUGCACCUGAUGUUCCACACUGGGCCAUGGACCCAAAAGCUGACAAUCUACCAGUGGUUCCUCCGACAGGGUUUGAUCGACACCAGUCUGACCGCUUCGGUCAUAAACCUGAUGGCCAUCGCUCUGGAGAGGCACCAGACCAUCUUCACCAUGCAGCUGCACAGUAAAAUGACCAACCAGCGUGUGUUGCUGCUGAUCUUGGGCAUCUGGGUGGUGGCCAUCCUGAUGGGCCUGGUGCCCACCAUGGGCUGGAACUGCGUAUGUAACCUCAAGAAGUGCUCGAUGAUGGCGCCCCUGUACCACAAGGACUACCUGGUGUUCUGGGCUGUGCUGAACCUGGUGAGCUUCACCAUCAUGGUGGUGGUUUACACGCGCAUCUUCAUGUACGUCCGGCACAAGAGCCAGCGCAUGAGCCAGCACACGACGCAGGUCAAGCACAAAGAAACGGUGGAAAGCCUCAUGAGGACCGUCUUCGUCAUCCUGGGUUGUUUUGUGAUCUGCUGGACGCCGGGUUUGGUCCUGCUGUUGCUGGACGGUGUGACAGAUAAAGAUUUCGUCUUAAGGGUUGAGAAGUACUUCCUGGUUCUGGCUGAAAUGAACUCCCUGAUGAACCCAAUCAUCUACUCGUACCGAGACCAGGACAUGCGCCGCACCUUCAAACGGAUCCUCUGCUGCCUCUGUCCUCGCGCCGGCCAGAGGGGGCAGCACGCCGGUGUCCAGUUCAACACCCUGGACCAAGAGGCAGGCAGGAACCCCAAAGACGACCCGAUCCUGAUGAGUCAGUCAAACGGGACUCAGCUGUCUCUUCGAGAAGCAGAGGACCUACAGAACUGCACUGAGACCUGAGAGCUGGAGUUCUCACAUGUAGAUGAACAGAAGGAAAACUGAUUGUUAAUGUAGCACGAACUGGUGACCAGUUCAACAUUUGUGUGGCAGCAAAACUGACACAGGUCACGAGUUAUGUGAUCUGAUCUGCAACUGAAUGGACUUGCUUGGACAAAUUGAAGGAAACAACAGAGGAAUCCACUGAUUAGCCAUAACAUUAACACUCAUUGUCCAUCUUAUCAGCUCCACUGACCACAU